GUCCAAAAAAAUCGAUUUGUGUUUCUAGAAAGUCUGAAAAGUUACCCACAAGCACUUUACUAUUCUUACAAAGUGUAUUCUUUACUACUAUUUUACCUUCUUAUCCAAAAAUACAGUAUUACUUCAAAGCUUCAAAGAAGCAAGGUAGUGUG